CCAGAAGAAGAAGUGGACCAACUGACGGAAGCACAGCCAGAACAAACAGUUAAUGUACAUUUCUAAAGUUUUUUAGUAAAUACUAAAAUAUACAAGCGGGAAGAACGGCGUUGCAGCAACUUGUUAUUUUGGGGUUUAAAGAGACGACAAUACCGGUCGUCCCCCCGGACUGAGCCGAGAAGAGGAGCGGUUGUGUUUGAUAUUUGGACAGCCAGCCAGAAUGGAUCCUGCACUACUGAGGGAGAGGGAGCUCUUCAAAAAGAAAGCUUUGUCCACACCAGCUGUAGAGAAAAGACCUGCUGCAUCAGAAUCUGGAUCACACAAGAAGAAGAAGCCCAAAUUAGACAAGGAGGGCUCAUCUGGGUCCAAACAAAGUGCUGACUCCAGUAAUGGUAGUUUUAACGUAAAGACCAGCUCCGGCUACAAGUUUGGUUGCUUGGCAAAGAUAGUAACUUAUAUGAAGGCAAGACAUCAGAAUGGCGACACACACUUCCUGACGCUGGAAGAGAUUCUGGAUGAGACCAAACUUCUUGACAUCGGCAUGAAACAGAAGCAGUGGCUCAUGACAGAGGCAUUGGUCAACAACCCAAAAAUUGAGGUCCGGGAUGGCACAUAUGGCUUCAAGCCCAAGUACAACCUGAAGGACAAAAAAGCUUUAUUGAGGCUGCUGGACAAACAUGACCAGUUAGGCCUGGGAGGAGUGCUGCUUGACGAUGUUGAGGAGGGGCUGCCCAACUCUGCUAAGGCCAUCAAGGCCUUGGGGGAUCAGAUCACAUUUGUGACAAGACCAGAUAAGAAGAAAAUCCUGUUCUACAAUGAUAAACACUGCCAGUUUCUGAUGGAUGAAGAAUUUCAGAAAUUGUGGAGAAGCAUUCCUGUGGAUUCCAUGGAUGAAGAGAAGAUUGAAGAGUACUUGAAAAAGCAAGGCAUUUCCUCUAUGCAGGAAUCGGGACCAAAGAAAGUGUUACCAGUUCAAAAGAGGAAAAAGCAAUCUGGUCAGAGAAAGAGACACUUCAAGACCCACAACAACCAUUUGGCAGGGGUGCUGGAGGACUAUACAGAUGGUGUGCCAGCCAAAAAGUGAAAUUAAGUUCUGGGAAUAUUAUUAGCUUCUUGUCCUGUUCUCGCGGUCCAUGUAAAUAAUGACUACUCUGUGGAAUCCACGUCACCUGAAGGACCUUUUGAAUACAGGAGGCCAAUUAUGUAAGAUCUUGUUAGAAACCAUUGAAUUGGAUGUCACCACUUCACAGAGAAAGAAGCAGAAAUCUUUGUGUAUAUAGUUUUUCUUACAUUUACUUUAGCACAAAUGUGUGUGUGCGUGUAUGGAGGACAGCAUUUGGGGCAGUGCUCCUAAAGUACAAUAUACAUAGUUUUCUACACUUUCAAAAAGUGCAGAAGGCUUGUGUUGUCUCAUGUGAUCUCACAUAAAUCACCUUUGAUGCCAACAUUUAAGUUAAGAGUUGAAGUUACAUUCUGUGGCAGCAUGUCAUCCUGCUUUUAAUAAAUGACUGUCAGUCUGGUGUCUUGACAAA